AUGGAGAAUGCGGCAGCGAUACCGGCUCCAAUUCUAACAAUUCAGCGGUCAACAGAAGAUGAGCCAGCUGAAAAUGCUCCGAAAAGUGCAGUCAAAAAGAACCAACAACAACAACAACAACAGGCGGUGGGCACAAAAAAUCAACAAUGGGCAGCCGAUCAAAACAAACGAAAUUUGUCGUUUGAAAAAUCGAUCGGUCAAAGUAGUGUACCAUCGUCGUUCGCAGGUAAUUAUGAGAAUUUCGGAGUGAUUUAUGAGAGAAUUUUGAAAAUAAUGCGCUUGUAGUUCGAUUUAAAGAGUCCAACGAGAAACGAAAAACCGAGAAAUUUGAAAUCAAGUUUGACAAAAAUUGGUGGUGCCAUGAAUUUUCGAAAAAAAACAGAAAUUCCAUAAGCUUCAACCGAAUUUUCAGGCCGGGUUCAAAUUUUUAUUGAAAUAAAAAAGUAAAAGUUCACACCACUUUAUCAUAGACAAAACAUAUGAUCGAAAUUUCGAAUUGUAUCAAGAAUAUCAGAAGUUCGGCUAAAAAGAUAGUCGGAUUUAAAAAUUCAGAAAAAAUCGCUAAACUUCAGGCGAACAUAAAACUUCCAUAUUUCUGGCUGAAAUUCAAUUUCUCAAUAUUUAAAGGCUACUGAAAUUCAGUAGGCAAUCAGAAUCGAAAUUUCCAAUUUUGAAGACAACAUCUAAAACAUUCCAGGAACCCGCCACGCUUCCGAAGACAGUCGAAACAUCCGCUUCCUUCACGAUCAAGAAGAACGCCCGCGAAAACGAAAUCUCCACAAACCCGAUUGGCGAAAUGUAGCCAGACGACUUUCAGUAAAUCCCGAACUAUUGAAAAAACACGGUAAGUUGGGGUUGGCAGAAAAUCUCUGUUUUUAUAACUUCUCAUAUCCAAUGUGUUUGAAAAAGAAAAAUAUGUAAUCUAUCAUAACAAACUCAACAGCUAGAAAAAAAAACGGAACAUAGCAAAAAGAAGAAAGGUGGUGUUCAUUUUUUUCAUAUUAUGACGACUUUUUCGAAAUGAAAUCAAAUGACAACUAACUAAUAGAAUCUAUCUAUCGGAACUAUGGAGAAUCUACUAAAUUCCAGUCGUCUUUCAAUGUUUCCAGUGCACGGUAUGUCUUUUGAUCACGAUCAUCAUCAAAAACCAAUUCAUUUAUCACUUUUGUCUUUUUGCACUUUGAGUUGA